AUGGCUUUUUCCGAAGGAUUAUUUGAUGGAACUGGUCCUGUAGGCGCUUGUAAAAAUGUGCCUGUAUAUAUUUGGUCUUUACCAUCGGUAAAUAUUAUUCAUUAUAGUAUUUUAGAAAUGUAUCUAACCUGUCGACGUUGGAACGAGACAGUUUUAAAUAAUUUUACAUUUUAUAUUGAACAAGCUUAUGCCUAUGGAAAUAAGACUCUAGCUCCAAUCGCUGAAAAAAUAUCCAAAAAAUACAAUGUCAACCCACCUCUUGAUCCGAAUUUAUUACCUUAUAUAUUUUAUUAUUGUGAGUUUUUGGUCCUUCAUUUUAAUAGAUCUGAUACUUGGUGUGGAUUACUAAAUGAUGAUGAGCUUAUAUUAGCUGGAUAUUAUUGGAAUAUAAGAUAUUAUUUUUUAUAUUCAUAUGGGCAUCCUCUCAAUCAGCGAAUGGGCUGCGUCUACAUUACGCAACUUGUAAAUAGUGUCGAUGACUACUUGAGUGGAAAUUCUCGGAUGAUAGCUGAUUUAAAAUUUGGUCAAGGGUUUACUCAAACUUUAGGUGUGUAUAAAAAUAAAUACCCUAUUACAGCAAAUUUAACUCUUGAACAAAUAAAAACUUUGAAGUAUAUCCAACAAAAAGUUAUAUAUUGGUCUUCUACAAUUUAUUUUGAAAUUUAUACUCGUACAGGCAGUGAUGCACUAAUACGACUUGUUGUUAACUCUGAACCAUAUACAAUUCCUGAUUGCGGUGGUGAAUACUGUAAGUGGACUACGUUUAAAAAGAUUCUUGGUGAUAAAAUUAAUUGUGACUAUGAGAAGAU